CUCGCUUUGACUUUCCCCCGACAAUUAACAGCAGAGAGGCUAAUUUUCUCAGUUUGACCAGGGGGGUGUUAGCAUUUAUCAAUGACCAAGCAGCGUCCAUAUCCUUUACAUGUGAGGCUAAACGUCACCGGAGCACAGCCACAGUCAUAUUAUCCGUGUGGAGCAGGUCUGUAUGAGUCAAUUCACCGACAACAGCUAAAUGUCAAACCUUUGGCAAAGUGUGCGCGCCUCCCUGCGCCACUCGGUGAUGAUGGGUGGACCGAGCGCAGCGGAGCGAUAGGGCGCGUUUCUUAAUUUCCCUUCAUCGCCGAGUGCCCCCUCCAGCCCUGGACACCACCACGAGACCGCGGGACCGAUGUGUUUCCCGUCCACGCACGAGGAUUGAUCCAAUGUAUUAUUUACGACCGAAACUUCAGCAACUUAUCCACUGGAUAUGGCUCCCGGUUUGAGCAGUGGGCGGACAGGUCAUCCCGAAGUAUUGGAAGCCCGGGGAGCCGAUCCUGGUGGGAGCUCGCCGCGGAGGAGGAAUGCUGGAGGAGAGAGGAGGUGUUCGAGGACCGAGCGGCGAGCCGGAGCAGCGGGGAUGCUUGCGAACUGUCUGCUAUCUGUGGGGAUGCUUUCACUUCUUGUCCGGUGCGCUUUGGCCGCAGAGGAAAGACCCACCUAUGAUGCCUCUGGCUUCUCGUCUUUACCAGGUGAUUCUGCAGUCACAGCUGCUCCUGCCCAUCCAUUGGCUGACCUGCCUUUCUCAGUCGUCCAUUCAGAUGGUGACUCUGAGGGGGAAGGUUUAUCAGGGCAGCCCGCCUUUUCUUCUGUCUUAACCGUGAUGGCAGGAACUGUCAAAAAUCCAGAGAGCCUGGAUCAAAGUAUAACCUCUCCAACCAUCACCAGGGACGAGAGCGACACCACCCAAUGGCCUUCACAUAGUUCCAGCCAGGGCUCAAAGAUGUCCUUCUCAUCGUCGUCUGCGGGAGAUAUGAUUCCCCCCGCCAGCUCAGAGCCAGGGACGGAUGACUCAUCCAGAGAAGUUGCGCCCACUUUCCCCAAAGAAAAAGCAGCCAGUCUUGCCCCCUCUCAAUCAGACAGAAUCACCACCGAGAGGACAUCUCAGGUAUCUCCUCUGCCCCAUCCGCAGGACACCCCGACAGACUCUUUCCCCCCUACCACCACAACUGUAGCUUCUGCCACCAAAACAAAAAAUCCUAUCACUACCAUGCCUUCAGUAAGCGUCUCCCCCAGAACAACACAGUCUGCAACACCACAGCCUGUGCCUGUAACCAGGAGAGCGACCACCACCACCACAAGAACAACAACCAGGACUCUAACCACCAGGAGAACGUUCACACCACUUGUCCCCAGAACAAGCCCUCCCAGGAUGGCCACAACCAUAUUUAUUUCCCCUUUCACCACCACCACAGAGGCUCCACCACAGCAGUGCAACAUCACAGAGAGAUUGUGGGUGAAAACAGUGGUUUCCAUCUAUGUGAGAAGAAACAGGCUGGACAGCAUUCAGAGGCAGAACCUUCGGAGGGGAUUAAGUCAGGGCCUCCGAAAAGCUCUGAAUGAUACUUCUGCCCAAGCACAGGUGGAGACAGUAUUUGGUUCUCCCAACAUGACGGUGGCUUAUCAUGUGACCGGAGGGGACAUGGUUUACCCUGCCUCUGUUGUGCUGCAAAGCUUGGACUCCUAUGGCCGUGAUAAGCUGAUUUCAGACCUGCGACAGUACCUCCCCAUGGUAACAGCCCUGCCCCUCCCUGUUGCAUUAUGGAGAUCCAGCCCGGCCCCUGGCUUCCAGCUGAAAACAGUGCUGCAGUUUGUGGGAGCAGGCGAUGAUCCUCGGUCCUGUCGGUUCUCUCAAAUGAUGGAGCAGAGGCUUGAGAAGGUGUUCUCUGAAGCGCAGGCCAAAGUGCUCAGCACCAACAACAGACUGUCUGUUCAGAUGUUGAAUGUCUCCCAGGCAGCAGACUCUCCUGCUGUGUCAUUGGUCUACACUGUGAAGAACGGGACUGUCUACCUUAAUGGCACCGCUGCCUCAAACCUCCUCGGUCAGCUGUCAGCUGAGCUGGUGGGCUACUUCCUGUUCUAUCCACCACUUGCAAUUGCUGAGCCACUGGAGUACCACAAUCUGAACACCUCUAUUGCCACCAGAGACUUCUGGGUAAUAACAGUAAUCCAGGAUGUGGAUAACGCCAGCCUGGAGGGACAGUACCAAAGCUUUGCCAGUCUAAUGGAGCAGCGUCUGGCUGAGCUGUUUGUGUUGGCCGGGCAGCAGGGCAGCCGCUUCAGACGAGCCACCGCUGUAGGCAGCUACACUGUUCAGAUGGUGAGUAUCCGUAGGGUGGCGGUGUUGAAGAAUCCAGCAGAGAUGACCUACUACGUCCAGCACAAUGGCGUUCCUUUAUCGGGCACGUCUGCUGCCAAGGUCCUGAACACAGUGGAUUCUCAGACCAUGGCGCUCACCCUGGGCUUCUUUGUCCAGGUGCAAGCAGAACCUGUGGUCAAGAACCCUCCUAAUAACCUUUGGAUAAUCGCUGCAGUGCUAGCACCCAUUGCCGUAGUAACACUCAUUAUCAUCAUCAUCACAGCUGUGCUGUGCCGGAAGAAUAAAAAUGACUUUAAAGCUGAUGCCAUCGGCAACCUCAAUCCCAGAGCUAAGAUGGCGUAUCGGAGAGAUGUGGGCUAUUAUCACCAGCCAGUCCAGGGGUUUGACUAUGCCAAGCAGCACCUGGGCCAGCAGGGAGGAGAUGAGGACGGACUGCCUGCCAGUCAGGAUACACUCGUGAUGUCUCUACAAAUUCGGGACACGCCACUUUCACUAGAAAAGGCACUGCAGCAAGAUGGGACUGCCAACAAGAAAAGCCUUUCGUCUGACAAACACAAGAGCAAUUUGCCGAGCGAGGAUGGUUCCGUCAUCAGCAACGAAUCAGAGAAGCUGAAUUCCAGCAGGGGCUUGUCAGUGCUGAAAGUCACAGCACAGCAGAAACUGACAAAGGAGGAGACGCGCAAGAGGGACGAUCCAUAUGACACCUCCUCUGGCUCCCUGCAGCUUAUUUCCAUUAAGCCCAUUGCAGCCCUGCCCCACUACACACACCCUGCUUCGUCUGACCGCAGCCAGGAAUCAGCCAUCGUAAACGGAGAGGUGAACCUGGCUCUGAAGCAGAAGUCAGACAUUGAGCACUACAGAAACAAGCUGAGGCUGAAGGCUAAGAGGAAGGGUUAUUAUGACUUCCCCUCCACAGACGGCAGCAGCAGUGGUCAGGCCAUGGUACAGAGACAGCGGCACGGCCAUGAGAGGGCAGCCGGGGAGCUGGGCAGACCCCUGGACCCUGACGAUGAGCGAGGAUCCACUUAUGUCAAAUCGCACAGGAGGCACUCGCAGGUAGGACAGACGGCCUAUCGCAGCAGACAGAGUCUGAGCAGUCCCAGUCCUGGAGGGACAGAGAUGGACCUGCUUGUUAUGAGGGAGAGACCCAGGAGAGGCAUCCGCAACAGCGGCUAUGAUACUGAACCUGAGUUGAUUGAGGAGACGAAUGUUGACCGUCUAAUGGGGCAGCGGGGAUACAUGUACGGCCGCGGUUUGAAAGGCCACUCGGAGACGUCCACUCUGAGCUCACAGCCGUCCAUUGAUGAAGUGCGACAGCAGAUGCACCUGCUGCUGGAGGAGGCAUUCAGCCUGGCAUCAGGGGGGCAGUCCACAUCCGGAAGGCACUCCCAUCUCCACCUUCCUCCCGACCACUACAGCCCCGCGCCGCCUCCCCUCCCCUACGCAGACGUUGUGACCAGCGCCCCGGGUACAAUGAGCUGUGGACAGGGUCUGCAGUGGGUACCGUCCUAUGGCUCAGACAUAUAUGACUGCAGCCUUCCCAAACCGGCCUUUCGCUUCACCCAGCUUCCUGAGAUGGCUAUUGGUUCUCCUCCCCCCUUACCGCCUCGCACUGGUCCUCCCCCUGGGAACCCCUUAAGACGUUCCACUUCUGACUUGGGGCCUAAGGGAAGGAGUUUAGAGACAUCUGUCACUGGAAUGCACAGUCAACGUGACAGCAACCCAUAUGGGCCAACAUCUAGAGCGGCACUUCCAUCUAUCGCUGCAGAGCCUGUGUCCAACUACUCAGGAAACCCAAUAACAGCUGUCUACGCCAUCCCAGCCACCAGGUCGGGGUACUCAGAGUACUUUGUGUCCACGCCAACCACCUCUUACCACAGCCCCUCCUGGAUGUCCUAUCCCCCUGAACCUGAGGAUCUACCGCCACAGUGGGCAGACUCUGUGCCCUUGCCCGGGUAUGUAGAGGCCUUUCCUCAUCCUCGCUACCCACAGGGGAGCCCCCCAAGGCUGCCCCUGCAGUACAACCAAGCACGGAGCUUGCCACCCACUGCCCCGAGCACAGCAUGCCAGCAAAGCCUGCCCCAGUUGGUGAAGGACAUGGACACGUUGCCCCUGAGCAGCCUCUCCACCUCUGCACUGGUGCAGGCUAUCCGGCAGGAGGUGGCCAAGCUGGCGAAGAAGCAGAAUGACAUGUUUGAGUUCCUAGUUGUAAUCCCCCUUGUGUGCAGGAAGGUUGACUGUGCAUUGGUCUUUUAAGCGGUACACAAAAGGCGGUACUCUUUUAGACUCAUUUUGGAUUGUUUUUUACAGGUAAAAUGGACUUUACCCACUGAUUGAUUUUCUUUUUACACACAAUUGUUUUGCAGCUCCACAUUUAAAUGAAGAGAAAAUAUGUCAUCCUCUACUGAUGAUGUCCCAAGAAACUACAUGCAAUUCUUCUUUGUAGAUAUGUCAAUAGGAUCGAUAAAUAUGGAAAAUAUAAUUUUAUUCCCAGGAUUACACUUUUUGUUUUGUUAAUCAGAAUUGAUUGAAAAGAGAAAAGCAUUAUUGUCUGUACUGAGAGGACCAAAUACUUCCUGUCUGAUGGUAUAAGUCUAAACCACAGUGUAUAUGAGCAUGUACAGUAUUAGGACAUUAUGUAUCUUAUCUCCUUUUUAUAGACCAUUAUCUAGACAGGCUACAUCAAUAUCAGUUCAUUCAAGCAUCUUUACCACAUCAAACUACACAUUUUAUAUAUUUUUGUUAUUAUUUUCAUAUUACAUACCUACACUUUAACACUAAUAACAAACAUAUGACUGGUUGUACUUGGUUGGUUAACUAUUUAGAGAUUUAAAGUAGUUUAUGUUAAUAACAAAUGGACUAAUACAGUACAUAUGCAUUUGCCUUUUUAGUUGAACCGAAUUGAAACAUGGAAGUUGCAUCUAUGAUGAUGUCACAUAUAGAUGGAUGUUUGCCUUCAUGUAUAUGAAAUAGACGGAAGUAUUUAUCUAUCUGUUUGCACAAGGUACCUUGACUUGAUUGACAUAGCGUCAAUACUUUGACCAAACUAUUGUUUAGAAUAAGAAGAAACAUACACACGCUCAAAAACCCAAAUGAAAAAGUUAUGUUAAUUCACAUUUGCACAGAGUAAUAAUUUUCCUACUAGCCCAGUGCUUUCGAGAUGCACAGAUAAUUUAUUGCACAUACAGUACAACCCCAAAACCCUUGUCACAAAAACAUUCUCUUUGCUGCUGCCACAGUUUCUCGUGAAGGUAAAACACGGAACAAGGGGAUUUCAUCAUUUGUUUACUUGCCUUGAAACAUUUAAGAGGUCUCAAUGGGUGCAUUUCAUGAAUAAAAUACAAAGUUCAUGUAAGAUCUUGACCUGAUAAUAGGUCCUACAUCAGUACUCCUGUUCUAAGAAGUUUAAAGUGCACAAAUCGUUGUGUAACAUUGUGAAUGUCUGCCUGAGCGUCGACUCGGAUUGAGUGUGCAGAAGAACUGUUUCAGAAGCACCCUGUUCAGUGAGAACAUAUUACUGUGGAGCAUCAGUGCUCUCUGGGAUCAUCUAUUUUGUAAAGCGCAAAUGAAAUUAUGCUGAGGUAGACAUUUGACUUUAAAAGGUAAAGUCAUUGCAAGUUUGUUAAAAAUGCUUUUUGUUUUUUACAGUUUUCAAAUUCAAUAUAUUUAAAUCACCCACACAGCACAUUGGGGCAUGACAAAUGACUGAACAAACUUCUACCUACCAGGAUACAUAGUGUAAACCGUCAUAAAUAUCAAUUUAAAAUUAAGUGGAUCAACUCUUGAUGAUUUGUAAAUUCAAGGAUUCAACUAGUCUUUUUGAUGACAGUGUUCAAUUAUCAUCUACAUACCACACUUAUUUUCAUCUGAAUGAAUUACUUGGCCAUCUAAAUCAGCUUUGUCACCCUAUGUCUGUUUAUGAAAUCAGACUCAGGCCACUAUACCAAGCUAAUGCUCAAAACUAAACUUUUUAAUAAGACUCCUUUUUACCAAGUUAUUCAAUGAUUGCAUUAUUGGAAUACAUAUUUCUCAGAAAGACUCAUACUCAUAUUUUACUGUGGCAUAAAAGCUUUCAAUAGGUUGUGAUGAACUCUUAAUGUGGAACUGCUGGCUGGGGAAUAGAAAGGGGGAUUGACUCCAGAUAAUAGCAGGGGUGCUGCAACAUGUUUGCAUUUACAUGUCUUCUUGUUGUCUACUUUCCCUUAUAUUAUUGCACAUUUUGCAUAAUGCUUUCUUUGAGCUGAUAAUAAUAAGCAGUGCUGUCAUAAGAUAGAUGGCAUUUGUUACACAGGAAGACAAAUAAGUGAAAAUGCCUUUAAAUCAUUAUUUCCUUUGGUUCAACAGAGUUGCUUUUACAGCAGUCCUGAGUGACUUUAGCUUUUUUACUUUUCAACAACAACCCUAACCCUCCUAACAUUUUUUUUAUACUCAUGCCUGUUUUUGUCUAAGUAGGUAACAAAAUACUGUUUGUGUUAAACUUGACAAGAACUUUGUUGUAGCUUGUUUUCCCAAUAUUCCUUUUACCCAUUAUUCAGAGGAGCACUUAAUGUCUUAAGAACUGUACUAAAUACAGUGAAACCAUUUGUGUGUACCAGAAGUGAACACCUUUCCACAUUUUCAUGCUGGAUAACUGAGAAAACUUGGCGUUAUUAAAUAAGAGGGUUUUAGUUGGUUUAGAAAAAUGAUGAUUCUAACAAAUGAAACAUGAAGUGAGCUAAACCUAUUAAAAAUCUAUGUCUUUUUGUCUCCCUGACUUGUUUCUAAUUUCCUUUGUUCAUCUGCCUGAUCUUGUUAUAUUUGAUGUUGCUCAGUGAUUGAACAAAAAGACUUUGAGACGGAUGGAGGAUGAGAGAAAUAUUAGCCUAUAUGAUUACAAUUAAAUAAAAGGUUUUAAUAGAA